AUGACCACCGACCGCCACUUGCGCAUCACCAAGCACAGCCCGAGCAAGACGCGGCCCGCCUCGAACGGCCACAUCCAAUUCCACAUUCUCGUCGAAGAGCUCGUCCCGAGCGGCCGCCGCCACAAGGAGUAUGUGAUCUGCAAGCGCUUCAAGCAAUUUGAGGCGCUGCGCACCGAGCUCAGCAAGGCCGGGUUUGCGACGCCGUCGCUGCCGAUGACGGGGCCGGCCAUGAGCCUCUGGAUGGUGUGGAACAAGGAUGAGGCGCUGCUGCAUCGCGCCAUGAACCUCCAGCGCUUCCUCGAUGUGAUCAACGCCUCCGAAUUGAUGCAGGCCAGCGCCGCCUUUCGGGCCUUUGUGGGCGAGAGCCCCGAUCAGAAGCGCGGCUACACGUCGCUCUCGGGCUACUCGACGACGUCCGAGGCCAGCUUUGCGUGCCACGACCUCUCGCGGUCAUCGUCGCUUUCGCUGCUGGAGCGCCGGCGCCAGUCCGUGUGAGGUAUCGCUCACCCAACACGACGACGACACUUGACUGCCACUCCGUACUGGACGCAGUAGCACACGCGGCCCAUCCUCCGGCCCGCGACGACGCUCGGC